CCCAGCUCAUCUUCUUCCUCUCUGCUUCACAUAUCUGUUGUCUCUCUUCUGCUAUUAAUAAUUUGAUAUCUUUGUUAACUUGUUUUCCAUCCCCAAAUUAACUUUUUUCCAUGGAAGAAGUUAAUUUCAAUUCAUCAUGUUCUCCACUACCCUAUGGCAUUUGUCAAGAAACCUCUGCAAACACACUUCAACAACGCCUACAGUUGAUACUUCAAAACCGGCAGCAAUCCUGGGUCUACUCUAUUUUCUGGCAAGCCUCGAAAGACGGCAGCGGCGUCCUUUCGUUAUCAUGGGCUGGUGGUCAUUUUAGAGCCAUCACAGACUUCUCAUCCAAGAGGUUGAAUAACAAUUACCAGCCGAACCUUGCGUUGGAUUUAGAGACGUCGAAGAAAGUGUUCAACCGACAAGUCGAAGCUUUGUUCGAGGAAGACAUGAACGUGGACAUUAAUGAAGAUGUGACUGACUCGGAGUGGUUUUACUUCUACAGCAUUUCUUUGACACAGUCCUUUGCUGCAACCCCUGGGAAGAACAAUAUAAUUGGACAUGCAUUUUGUUCCGGUGCUUUUGUAUGGUCGGCAGGAGAUCACGACCUUCAGUUUUAUGAGUGCGAGAGAGUUAAAGAGGCUCGCAUGUCUGGAAUUCAAACACUUGUUUGUAUUCCUACGCCCGAUGGGGUGAUUGAACUCGCCUCUUUGGAUGUGAUCAAAGAAGAUUGGUGUUUUGUGCAGAACGCAAAGUCAAUUUUUGGACUUGACAAGAAUCACAAGAUCACAACCAGCAGCCGCGUCUCAACUUCACACCGGGGUCGUGUUCAUAUUCCUCAGCUGCAAAACGCUGUGCUUCCAGGAUCUGAUCAAAAGGAGUGGACGACACAAGAAGGUGGUAGGAAAGAAACUGUCAACCUGGUUAGUCGAUCAUCAUCUGACUCCGGGACUUCCGAGUAUAGUCAGUAUACAUCGAAAACUCAAGUGAGAAAGAGAGGAAGAUCAGCUAAAUGCGAGCGCGAGUCACCAAUGAAUCAUGUGGAGGCGGAGAGACAACGACGGGAAAAGCUUAAUAACCGAUUCUAUGCCCUCCGAUCUGUCGUUCCUAAUGUAUCGAAGAUGGAUAAAGCUUCUUUACUCUCUGAUGCAGUUGUAUACAUUAAUACUCUCAAGACAAAGAUUGAUGAUUUGGAAGCAAAAAUGAAAGCACAAUCCAAGAAAUCCAAACGAAGUAACGGGAGUGAUACUACUGUUGAAAACAAUCAAUGCGCCAGCUCCUUGAUUUAUAGAGCCGCUGCUGUUACAGAGGUGGAUGUGAAGAUUGUAGGCUCCGAAGCCAUGAUUCGAGUCCGAUGUCCAGAUAUUGUGGACUAUCCAAAUGCUAGAUUGAUGAAUGCACUCAAAGACCUUGAAUUACAUAUCCAUCAUGCAAGCAUAUCGUGUGUGAGCAACUUCAUGCUUCAAGAUGUUGUUGCAAGAGUUCCCGAUGGAUUCAAAAACGAGGAGGCCAUGAAAACUGCUAUUACAAAUAGGUUUCAUAACUAGGUAAUGUGGAUUGAUCACCACAAAGUUCUAGCGUGAUUCAUCUCACUGUUCUAUUAUGUAUCACAUCUCACUGUUCUAAUGUGGAAUUUUCAGUUUUCUUGUUAAGCACGUAGUGGCACUUUUUUUUUUCGAUGGCUAUGUAGUAGCUAGUACGUGGUACGUACUUUGUUGUUCAAACUUCAAAUUGUAAGUGUCCAAUCAAGUUUAUUGUUAAUUAUAUUUGA